AUGACUGACGAUCAUCCCUCGUUAACCACUAAAAUUGCGCACCUUGAAAAAUAUAUUGAAUACCUACAAUCUACCAUGAAUGAUCUCACUAAAGAAAUUAAUGAUAUGAUUGAAAAGCAACUGCAUGAACCUACUUCUAAUCUUAAAAUCAAUGAUAACCCUCCAAAUGAUGACUCAAGGGACGAAAUCAUCAAGAACCUCAAUACCGCCAAAAGUCAAACAAACUUUAAAUACUUUAUCUCUGAUAUGUCUCUCCAAAUCACAGAGUUCACCGCUCAACAUCUUACUGGAAACGAUGAAAACAAUAUUCUCCAUAUGAUCUCCUGCCUAUGCAAUUGGCAUGAGAAAUCUAAAGGUUUAAUAGCUAUGAGAAUUAGUAAACCACCAGACUCAAGCUGCUUCAAAACCACUGUUACAGUUAAGAAUUUACAAUCACUACAAGAAAUCCUCUCUAACACCGAAUGGUCUCGCCUCAAAACUUAUACUCAACUAGCUGAAGAUUCCCGUUUUGAAGUCUUUAUCAACCUCUCUACAGAUUUUGAAGACCAUGAAAUCGUAAACGUCGUUAAAGAUAUCACCACUAAACCAGGAAUUACUAUUCACCCAAACUCUAUCAAAAUCGAUGAAAAGGCAUCUCCUUUUUAA